CUGCCAGGCCGGCUACGCGGGGGAGGCCUGCGGCCAGUGUGGCCUCGGCUACUUUGAGGCAGAGCGCAAUGCCAGCCAUCUGCAUGCUUUGGCCCCUGCGCCCGCUGCUCGGGACCCGAGGAAUCCAACUGUUUGCAGUGCAAGAAGGGCUGGGCCCUGCACCACCUCAAGUGUAUAGACAUUGACGAAUGUGGCACAGAGCGAGCCAGCUGUGGGGUGGACCAGUUCUGUGUGAACACAGAAGGCUCCUACGAGUGUCGAGACUGUGCCAAGGCCUGCCUGGGCUGCAUGGGGGCGGGGCCCGGCCGCUGCAAGAAGUGCAGCCCUGGCUACCAGCAGGUGGGCUCCAAGUGUCUCGAUGUAGAUGAGUGUGAGGCCGCGGUGUGUCCAGGAGAGAACGAGAAGUGUGAGAACGUGGAGGGGGGUUACCGCUGCACCUGUGCGGAGGGCUUCGAGCAGCUGGAGGGCGCGUGCGUGAAGGAGGAGGUCCCAGAGUCGGCGGGCUUCUUCUCGGAGAUGACGGAGGACGAGCUGGUGGUGCUGCAGCAGAUGUUCUUCGGGGUCAUCAUCUGUGCGCUGGCCACGCUUGCCGCCAAGGGGGACCUGGUGUUCACCGCCAUCUUCAUCGGGGCCGUGGCAGCCAUGACGGGGUACUGGCUGUCGGAGCGCAGCGACCGCGUGCUGGAGGGCUUCAUCAAGGGCAGAUAAUUCCCGCUGCCCCGGGGGAUGGCCUCCCACCCAGGCUGCCCCACGGGCAGGCGUCUCUUGGUGGACACUCGGGACAGCUUGGUUUCUGAGAGCGGGGUGAGCACCCCAUCCCUACCCGCCUUAAGGAGCAGCGCAGACAACCUCGUCCUGGGCAGCUGUGGCUCUCGGGUGAAGAAGUACCUGGAGGCGGAAAGCCUCGAGAUCUCUGCCUGGGGGAGGGGACUGGCCGCUCACGGUCUGCGUGUGUGCAUUCUCAAAGCGUCUCCUGUGGCGACUGCUAGUGAGCUCUGGCCCCUGCCCAGGACCAAAGGGGCUCCCCAUAGGGGCAAGGCCACCCCAGCCCUUCCUGCCAGUUGCAUGCUGCCAGCUCCUGGUCUGUAUUCACCCCGUCCCCUCAGCCACUGACGUAUUUAUUCAUCUCAGG